AUGAGUGCGGACGAUUCUAAUGACAGUGGCCAAAACACAAGAACACUGACGCCAACAAUGGCCUCGGCGAAUACAAGCGAUUUUUUGACAGGACGUAACAAUGAAAGUGAAAGCGAGCAUCAAUCAGCUUUACCAUAUAAUGACGUUCAAUCGCGCGAUAAGGUUAAUAAGCGAAAUAAGAGUUUUAGUAACCCCGAUGAUGAAAAGAAAUCUCUCAAAAAACAAAUCAAGCAGUUACAGGCAACAAUCCAGAACCUCAACGCUUCAAUGCAGAAUAAUUCAAGCUUGCUCUCGGAAAAGGACAUUGGAUUACAUAAACUUAUGGCUUUGAAUACCGAACUCGAAAAAUACAAUACUAGCUUGCGCGAACGGGUGGAGUCGCUCGAGAAGCAAGUAGACACGCUCGCGAAACAGAAAGAGGAAUUCAAGGAAGAAGCAUCUAGGUAUCAGUCGGCUCUCGGCGAUGCGACUAGUCUCACCUUCAAAGAAGAUGAUCCCAAUAACCCAAUAUUUUUGAAACGCUAUAUACAAGUAUUAGAAAAGAAGCUUGAUAACCUUGCCAGGACAAAAGGCGCGAUGAUAACCGUUAAUUCUUCCGAGUCAACAAAGUUGGUUAAUAGAUAUCUGCAUCCUUACAAAAUGCAAGAGGACGCAGAUAAGGUCUUGAUUAAAGCCGCUUUACAACGAAUGGUUACCGAGAAAACUUUGAAAAAGACAGCUGUCGCACACAAAAAGGCUAUACUUCCCAAAGGGAGCACGCCAAACAAAGAAACAUCCACGCUCGAGUUUGGCAUAGCUCAGGCAACCGAAACUCUUUGUACCAUGAUUGCUCAAUUCAUUUCUGAUAACAAAAUAAGUGAUAAUAUUGCAGAUUUGGUCCCAGCUAAAAUCCGACAACAGAUAUACAGUCUGCUCGGAACCCAUGCGUUUACCGAUGCGAACCAUCCAUUCAUCCAGGAACUCUCAGUGGAAGUAUUAAACAUUCUCGAUAAAUACCGUACAAACGAAAAAGAUACACGAGAAAAGCAGCUCUCACAGAUAAAUGAUACAAUCCGUGCUUUGAUUCGUGUACUGUACUUCCGUCCAAAGGUAUUUGGAAAUGCUAAAAUCGAAUUCGUCCAGUCUGGGAUCGAAUUUGACGACGCUCUUAUGAGAGGUGCUCAAUUAGACGAGGAUGAUUCAGAGGAGAGCGUACUAGUGGCUCUAUGCGCAUUGCCUAUGGUAUAUAAGGAACAGAACAAAGAGGGAAACAUCAUCUAUGGUAGAGCAAAAGUGUCGCUGAGAAAGAAAAAUGAUGAGAGGUUUGAGAUGAAAGCAGGCGACGAGGUGGAAGAGGUGGAUAGUGAUGAUAACAAAGAAGAGGAAGUAAGCGGUAGUGAUGGCGAUAGUAGACAUGAGGUGAAAGGAGGCUUAAAGUCAGAGUUGGGGGAUAGUUAUGUCAAUGUGCAGGAAGAACCAGGAAAUCAUAUGCAAUCUAAAAACGGGACACAGGAUUCAUCCGCGAUUCAGAGUGAGAUCGAACCGAACGUACAAACAACAAAUGGAGCUUUAGGCACGACUACCACAAAAAGGCCUCGUUCUGCGAGUGAGGAAGAUCUCUACGAAACCUCCAGUAUGUCAAUCUUACUUCGUUCUUCUUUCCGUGCAGUAGUUAGUCUUUUCGUUCGUGUUUGCAUCGGCAUGCUGAAGCUAUUAUGUUCCGAUGCAUCGCAUAGAUUUCUGCGACAAAUUAUUCAUCAGAGACUCGGAUGA